UUCAAACGUAUCAUACGUAAAAUUAUAAUAGUUCCCCCGGCAUGUGUCUUAAAAUAAAAUCUGUGUACAAAAUAUUAUGCUUCACAGCACUUUUUGUUAUACUCUGUUAUAUUGAGGGAAAAUUGAAUCUAAUUUCAUCGAAAACAGACCCAUCGAAAAUGUCCGGCCGUAGAAUUUUAGCUUGUGAAUUUGAAGUGUUUGGCAUUGUACAAGGUGUUUUCUUUCGUAAGCACACUGAAGAGACUGGCAGGAAGCUAGGAGUUCGCGGCUGGUGUAUGAACACUAAAGAUGGGACUGUUAAAGGUCAAAUGGAAGGUGAAGAAGGUCCAUUAAAUCAAAUGAAGGAGUGGUUGUCAAAAACUGGAAGCCCAUCGAGUCAGAUUGACAAGGCUGUUUUUUCGGAACCCAAAGUUAUUAGUGACUUUACUUACGACAACUUUAGCAUCAAACGUGUACGAUAAAGCACCUAAAUUAUAUUAACUGUAACUCAGUGAUCUUCAUUAAAUUAAAAAAAAAACAAUUAGCAAUAAAGCAUCC